GUGGUAAGGGUACACCACGUCGCAAAGUUAAAAAAGUUUAUAAGACUGCUACAAACGAUGACAAGAAACUCCAAUCUACACUCAAGAAACUCGGUGUUCAACCCAUUUCGUCUAUCGAAGAAGUGAAUAUGUUUAAGGAAGAUGGCAACGUCAUUCAUUUCGCUGCACCAAAGGUGCAAGCAUCAAUCCAUUCGAAUACUUUUGCAAUCUACGGCCAAGGCGAUGAUAAAGAACUCACCGAACUUGUACCGGGUAUUUUGAAUCAAUUGGGUCCAGACUCACUUGCAUCCCUUCGUAAGUUGGCGGAAUCUUAUCAGCAGAAUAGUAUUUCUUCUCAAGGGGCUCAGGCAGACACUGGCGCAGAUGAUGAUGAUAUUCCAGAAUUGGUUGAAAAUUUUGAAGCUACUAGUGAAAAACAGGAUGAAGAGGAAGCUACUGCAUCUUCAUCUGAUGCAAAGAUUGUUGAUAUG